CCUCCGUCCUGCUACUGUCCGUUUAAGCACCUUGGAGAACUCCGCUCCGCAGCAGAGCGCACUGCAGUGGUUGAAUCGGGUUCUGAUGCGUAAACUACGUCAAAUCCGCACGGAAGUAGCGAAUGCUGCACUGGCUGGGCUGCCUUGUCUUCAUCCCUUUGUUGAUGAUGUUGGCCGAACGUUAACCGUUUCAGGUUUUUAGAUCCCCGUCUCUCCUCUCUGCCAGGACACCAGGAGGUGUUAUGGAGGCUGCGGGGGGGCAGAUUUAGAGCUCUGCUUCAUGUCCAUCCAUCUCUUGAUCGGGUUUCACUGGAUUCGGCCGAAGCAAAUGCCAUUCAAAUGGACUCUCCCAGCGCGCAUGGGUUGCGGUAUAAACAGCAUGGCCAUGGCGCAUUCCAGCGGGUCUAAAUAUAUCUAAUAAGGCCACAGGAGGGGGAGGACUUGGUUUAUCCUGGGACGUUUCACUGUCGUGGUGAACUCGAACCACUUGGAGAUUGACAAUCGUUUUGGGCACCAACUGAGGAGAAACUUGGCCUUAUUCAAAACAUGCCCUCGAGUUACAAUGUGAGAUCCCGUGCGCGGGAGAGAAACGGCGUCCUGAGCAGACCUGAGUUCAUAUCCCUGAACCAGCCUCUCCGUGGUGGCGGUGGUGGUGGUGUUGGUGGUGGUGGAGGAGGAGGAGGAGGAGGAGGUGGCGGCUCUGGCCCCUCUGAGAGCCGAGGAGGCGCACGGCGACCGGGUCAGAUCAAGCACCAAACCAGCCAGCCGAGCGAAGAACCUAUCGACAGUGGCAGUAAGGACCGCAGAGAGCCCGGCAUAAUGCCCGAGGAAGACUGCAUGCAGCUGAACCCUUCAUUCAAGGGGAUAGCCAUGAGCUCCCUCCUCGCCAUUGACAUCUGCCUGUCCAAGCGCAUGGGCGUGUGCGCCAACACGUCCUCGUCCUGGGGAGGCUGCCGCUCCAUGGUGGGCCUGCUGUCGCUCACCGGGCACGGCAUCGCGUGGAUCAUUGGCACUAUCGUGUGUCUCACGAGGAGUAACACGCUGGCAGGGCAAGAGGUGCUGGUCAACCUGCUGCUUGCCCUCAUUGUUGACGUGCUGACGGUGGCUGGAAUCCAGAGGCUGGUGAAGCGCAGAGGACCUUGGGAGAUGACGCCGGGCUUCUUGGACUGCGUUGCGAUGGACAUCUACUCCUUCCCUGCUGCUCACGCCAGCCGGGCCGCCAUGGUCUCCAAGUUCCUGCUGUCUCACCUGGUCCUGGCCGUGCCGCUACGCAUCCUGCUGGUGCUGUGGGCCCUCCUGGUGGGCAUGUCCCGGGUGCUGCUGGGGAAACACCACCUAACUGAUAUGGUGUGUGGCUUUGCGCUGGGCAUGCUCCACUUCAGCUUGAUGGAGUCGGUGUGGCUCUCUUCGAGCACCUGUCAGUCUAUUAUUUCCAUCAGCACGUUCAGCUGGAGCCCCCUUUUCUGAGCUUUUGAUAUAAAGCCAUGCUAGAACCCAAGGCUUAUUUGAUACACUAACCUCACCAUGUCAAGGACUUAGGUCUGAUGAAGUUAUUUUUGUAAGGGUUUGAAGUUCUUAUCACAGGGUGUGAACAGAGAAGCAUUCAUAUUUAGGAAAUAGAUGCCGGUUUGCAUGUAACACCAUAGACAGGCAGGUCCGCAGACCUCAAGAAAACCUUCAUUAUGCUUCACAAAUCCUAGUAGCUUCAACAACUGCAAACUCACAAUGAUUUGGUGAUAAUGUAUAUUAAGAUUUUUAAGAUUUCUUCGUUGAUUUUUCAAACUGUGAUUCUCAUGCAGCAUGAAAGCUGGUACCAUUUGUCCAUAACCGAAGCCCUUUCUAUUUAACAAAAUCUCUCUUGAGUCUGUGUGCCUCUUCCUCUUUACCAUCUUACUUCCGUUAAUGUCCUCCUUCCCUGCUACCUCUUCCUCUUUUCUCAUUUGUUUUGAAUAUUUGUGUUUUUCUUUUUUGGAAUGGUGCUAUGCUACGUUGGAAACUGAAUAGCUUGGUGUAAGGCUUUAAUAUUGGAUGUAACACUACAAUAUACAAAGUGAUUGUUUGUUGGAUAUUCCACAUUUUUCCUUCUGUGGCAUGACUAAUAUGUUUGUAUAUUUAUAAUGGGAUUCUGUGCACAGAUUGUAAAGCCCUCUGAGGCAAAUUUGUAAUUUGUGAUUCUGGGCUAUACAAAAUAAACUGAAUUGAAUUGAAUUGAAUUGUUCUUCUUACCGAAUGUUUAUUAAAUAUGAACUUAUUUGAUAAACAUUUUAUGUAAUUUGAUGCCACUGAAUUUAGCUGCUUGUGUAAAACAAAUGUAACACUUGCGCAUUGAAUAUUUUUCUUAUUGGGUGACGUACCAUUUCCUUACAACGUGCCAUUUAUGCUUUAAUGAGCUUAGGUUUUUUUUAAUAUAGCAGAUAUUUCUCAUCAGCUCUCUCAUUUCAGGCUGCAGCAGUCAGCGCUGUAGCCUAACAGAUGCUUAUGUUUGGUCAAUGAUGCUGAUUCUGUGCCCCACAAAACAACUGAAGCGUGUGUGUGUGUGUGUGUGUGUGUGUGUGUGUGUGUGUGUGUGUGUGUGUGCGUGUGUGUGGUGUGUGGGUGUGUGUGGUUGUGGGUGUGACCAUUGGCAUACAGAGUGAAAAAAUAUCAGUUUGAAAUAUCAGCUUUGAACAAAUUAUACCUUUAUUUUCCAAUAGUUGUUUUUUUUUAUGGACCUUUGAAUGAAACCUGCUAGGUUUUUUUGUUGCACACUUUUUGGUUGGUUUGAUGUGUAAAUACAGUUUUUUGUAGCCUACUUUGUUUGUGUAGUUCUGUACAGGGAUCUGUAUGCCAUGUUUGUACUUUGUUUUUUCUCCAGCGUUAAUAAAACGAG